CUUCACCGGCUCAGUGUGAGAACCGUACUUAUGCAAAGCGUCCGUUCCUCGCACUUUCCUCUACUUCUGAGAGAAUCUUUUCCAGACAUGAAGAUUUGGGCGAGUUUGUAGGACUAUUUAUUUUAUUUGUAUUUUUCACAAACAGACCAAGACUCUCUCAACUCGUCCACGGAGGAAUUUGAGGGUAAAACCCGGGGAUGUGCGCGCGCGGAUUUCGGAGCUCGACAUUAAAUUACUCACAAACUGGAUAAACUGAACGGCUUCCACACACACACACACACACACCUGGGGCAGAGCUGUUUGAGACAGAGGUGAAGCAGGUUAAGGUGGGACCUGUCUCCUGAGCACUCAAGGUUCAGGUUGCUGCUGCAGAUAUGUGCUGUUCCUGAUCACAAGGCGGCCAAAAGAGAACUGCCAAGAUCAAAGGUUGAGUCCAAACUCCGGAAGGAUGUGUCUCUGAGUGAAUGAGAGUGGGUUUAUCUUUGUGGGCGUGCCUGUGUGUAUGCGUGUGUGUGUGUGUGACACACCAUACAGCUGACCUGUCAAGAGGGGACAUGCCCCUUUAACAGACAAUUACCAAACAAAUGAGUGGUCACCAUGCUGCCCGGGAUGGUGCGUGUGUUGCAUGCUCUUCUCCCUGUUCUGGCGUUUUGCGCAGUCUCUCAGAUCUCCCUUUCAUCAGGUCACUAUCCAGUGUUCCUGCACAAUGACACACAAUUUAAGCAUCUGGCUCUUCACCCCGAACCGGACCUGGGACGCGUCUACGUGGGUGCUCGUGAUCGCCUGUUCCGGCUAUCUUCGGACCUGCAGCUGGAGGAGGAGGUGAAAACCGGGCCUGUGACGGACAGCCGGGACUGUCUGCCUCCUAUCAGUGAGACCAGUUGCCCCCAGGCGCAAAAAACCAGCAACCACAACAAGCUGCUGCUCAUUGACCCCUACAGCAAGGUGCUGAUCAGCUGUGGCAGUGUGCACCAGGGCACAUGUCAGAAGCGAGAUUUGGACGCUGUGGGCACGGUGCUCUUUUCUGCCCAGAAGCCAGUGGACACACAGUAUGUGGCGGCCAAUGAACCCGAGGUUUCCACUGUGGGCCUGGUGGUGCCCCCGCAUGGCCAUAGGCAAGCAGUGCUGUAUGUGGGACGCGGCUACACCAGCAGCCAGCCGCCCAUCUCUACCCGCAACCUUGACACAGAACCCAUCUUCUCAUACGAAGAAACGGCGAAGCUAACUGUGGUGGGACGGCUUUCAGAAUACGACCAUCACUUUGUGACAUCCUUCACACACAAUUCGCACGUCUACUUUCUGUUCUACCGCCGUGAUUUGAAGUCACAGCGCGAGUACCGCACAUAUGUGUCUCGCGUGUGUCUGGAUGAUAUGUCCUACUAUUCGUAUGUGGAAGUUCCACUAGACUGUCGCUCAGCAGCUGGGAAGAGUUACAACCUGCUGCAGGCCGCCCGACUGGGACUCCCCAGGCGCGGAGAAACUAGAGGGAUAGACGACGAGCUUCUGCUGGGGGUUUUCUCCACACGAUCUGCCUCGUCCAGCAAGCCCAGCAAUGAGUCGGCUUUGUGUAUGUUCUCCCUGAAGGAGCUGGAUAAACGCAUCGACAACACUCGAGAUCUCUGUUACACCUAUAUGGGCCGUCAAGAAGGACAGGAGGCUGCCUAUAUAGAGUACGAAGUGAAAUCAGUCUGCGCCAGUUUGCCACUGACCACUCUGGAAGCUUACCCAUGCGGUUCUGACCACACUCCAAGCCCAAUGGCCAGCCGUGUGCCGGUGGAGGCAGAGCCAAUCUUUGACAGUCCAUUAGAUCGUCUAACUGCAGUUGCAGUCAGCGUGAAAGCAAAUUACACAAUUGCUUUUCUGGGAGACUCUAAGGGAUAUUUACACAAGGUAUAUUUAGGUCCUGAUGGUGAGGUGGAAGAAUAUGCCACCAUUCCCAUUCAGUCAAACAGCGCAAUCAGCAGUGAGCUGAGCCUGGACCAGUCAGAGGAGCACCUGUACAUCAUGACCAGCACUAUGCUGCAGAAAAGACCUGUUGCGGAAUGUCACCUGCACCGGGACUGUCAGUCUUGUCUCUCAGCUCGAGACCCUUACUGCGGCUGGUGUGUAUUGGACGGGAGGUGUGGUCAGCGUGGCGAGUGUACACGUGGGGAUCAGGCCAAUCAGUGGCUGUGGAGUUUUGAUAUGGAGCAGCACUGUCUGACCGUGCAAACCAUCACACCAUCAAACAUCAGUAAAGAAGAGAGCAGGACAAUCUUUCUGUCCAUCCCUGGUCUCCCAAGGCUUGAGGAAGGGGAAUCAUAUUCCUGUUUCUUCCAAGACACUCCAUCUCCGGCCACCAUCACUGAGAGCGGGGUCACCUGCCCCUCACCAGAGCCCUCGAAAGUUCCCAUUGUGUCCCCCGGCCAAGAUUUUUUAUCAGUCUCUUUGUCCUUACGGUUCGGUGAUGUCAUCGUGACCUCUCGGGAAUUUACCUUCUAUGAUUGCAAAGUUGUCAAACAUCUCUCGGGGAGGAUGCAUUGUCAGGGCUGCGUGUCAAGCCGUUGGGGCUGUAACUGGUGUGUGCAUGAGCAUGUGUGUACCCACAAAACGCAGUGUGAACAAGGGGUCAUCAUCUACAACGAAAAUUUCAAAGUUCCCAGACCCUCCCCUACUCCGAGUAUACCUGUCAGGAUUACAGCAGUCACCAUGAAACACACAAUCCAUACCACCACACCAGCUACUAUGCCUCCAACUACAACCACUGCAUCUACAACCACUACAGCUACCACUCCAACCACUCAAGCUCCAACUACAACUACAACUACGGUUAUGACUACAACUACAUCAGUAGCAAGUACAACUACCACACGAGCCACCACCUCCACUUCGACUACAUUGCCGAUAAUUUCAGACCCCACGACUGCUCCUGCUGUCCCCAUGUUGCCAACCCCUCCAGCCGAAAUCACGACCGCGACUCCCUCAGCCUUCACCUUGCCUGUUCUGAAGGAGCAUACGUCAGAGGAGAUUCUGCUAACUUCUGAGACGGACACAGAAGCCCUUAGCGAAGCCAAGAGUGUUGUGAUCACAAUCUCUAGUCUGGAUACUGGAAUGAAAACAGAUCCACCGUUCGUCAACUCAUCAGCCAUGGAUCAGCAGUUGCCAUCAGUGUCGCCAUCACAAGUUGGUGUGUUGCUGGUUCCUGAAGAAGUCACGCCGCUUGUGGAACCAGUAACCGACGCUCCAGAAUUACCAAGCAGCCCGCAGAUCGUUGAAGAAUCACCUCCACUGGCCGAGCCUCCUACCGAAACUCAUAACACAGCAUAUUCUGAGAGUACUGAGACUGUGGGAGCAGAUACUGACCCAGACAUCUGGUACUUAGUGACCACAGUACCUGCUGUUCUCCCAGUAGACUCUGAGAAGGAGGCAGAAGAAAGUGAAACACAAGAGGAGUUGGGCAUAGCUGAAAAUGACACAACUGCCUAUUCAGCAACGACGGUGCUGUCAGGUGAUGGAGAAUUAGACCAGGCCUCCCCUGGAUACCCUCGUCUCUUGGAUGUGGAUUCUGAGGCAGACUACAGCUAUGAUGUGCCAGACCUACCGCAGGGAGACGAGGGCUCCCUUGAGGCUUGGGGUUCUGCUGCAUGUCCCUGUAUUGAGAAGGUUCAGGGCUCACCACUGCUUCCUGUACAAACAGAGAGGAAGAUCAAUCUCUUGGCUCGCAAUCUUCAUCUUUAUCUGGACCAAGACUUGGAGUAUGAGUGUAUCUUGCUCAUUGAGGGACAGACUGUGGUGGUGGACGCCUAUGUAGAGAGAAAUGACAUGGACCCCUCUCUUUUUGACAUUACCUGUCAGCAUCACCAGUAUUCCUACUCAGCCCUGGUGGAGGAGUACAACGCCGUUCUGUAUGUGAUGAGGAGAGACACAUUUCAUGUGGACAGUGCUAAUGACCUCUUUGUAACAUUGUACAACUGUUCGGUGGGCCGUUCAGACUGCAGUCGGUGUCACACGGCACAUGAGAAGUACGAUUGCGUGUGGUGCGGUGAUGUUCACUCAAGCUGUGUGCACAAAGAAGCCUGCUCAGUGGGUGUCAGAGACACAUGUCCUGCUCCUGUCAUUCAUUCAUUUGAGCCGCAGACAGGAUUGAAGGAAGGAGGCACCAUCCUUAACAUCACUGGCUCUAACUUGGGCCAGAAAGCUAACGACAUCUUACAGUCUGUCACUGUGGCUGGGAUUUCCUGUACAGUCAUACCAGAACUGUAUGAGAUAUCAUCUAGAAUUGUGUGUACAACAGGAGAAAGCAGAGAGGAGAAGUUUGGUCACGUCUCAGUAGAAGUGUCGGAUGCAGGACGCAAAGGUCUCUCAAGUCAGACUUUCACUUACCAGGAUCCAGUGCUGGAAGGAGUUAGUCCUCAGAGAGGACCCCGUGCAGGGGGAACCAUUCUCACCAUCACAGGCAAAAAGUUACUGACCGGCAGAUCCAGUGACAUCAGCGUGUUACUGGGCGAUGUCCCCUGUGUCAUGCCAGAUGUGCAAGAAGGCAGGAUCACGUGCGUCACUGGUGCCAGCAACCAGACAGGAGAGCAUGCAGUAACAGUGCGCUACGGCAACCGCAAGCGCAAUCUUAACAGUGUGCGCUUUCACUACACCGCAGAUCCUAACAUAACAAAAGUCGAACCCUCCAAAAGCUUCCUCAGUGGUGGCCGUGUGAUCACUGUGACUGGCAACAACUUGGACGUAGUCCAGGAGCCAAGGAUUCGUGUGACCGUGUUCAGGAAAGGAGGUAGCAGGCGGAGGAGAAGGAGAAACGGAAGGAGUGAUAAAGCUUUUGGUGUUGAGAAUAGUUUAUUGUGGAGGCACAAGAGGAUCAUUCCUGAAGCAAAUGGUCCAGAAAGCAGCACAAAAUAUUUUGAAGAACGGUGUGAGGUAAAUACUUCCUCUCUUCUGCUGUGUCAUACCCCUGCUGUGAACCCUGAAAUGUUAGAAGAUGACAUGCAAGUGGAGUUUCUUCUGGAUAACUUGCGCUUCGACUUUAACAAGUUCAGCCAUACACCUUUUGCGUACGAGCGUAACCCUGUCCUCCACCCUCUUAACAACCAUGACCCUUCUGAGCCGUACCGCUACAAACCUGGUUCGGUAAUAUUGGUAGAGGGGCAGGAUCUAGACCUAGCUUUCUCGAAAGAGGAGGUGGUAGCUCUCAUUGGUGAGGGCAUAUGUCUGGUUAAAACUUUAACUAGUAACUACCUGUACUGUGAGCCACCGGCCCAUCAACCUCCCCCAUCAUAUAGCCACGGAAGCAAGAGAGAAGGCGCUGAUGCACUCCCAGAAUUCACAGUACAGAUGGGAAAUCUGAACUUUUCUUUGGGCAAGGUGCAGUAUGACACCCUCAGUCAGUCCACCUUUCCUUUGGAGGCUCAGAUAGGGGUUGGAGCAGUGGCUUCUCUCGUUGUCCUUAUCGUGGUGAUCAUUGUUCUCAUCUACAGGAGGAAAAGUAAACAGGCUCUAAGGGAUUACAAAAAGGUUCAAAUUCAGCUAGAGAAUCUAGAGACGAGUGUGAGGGACCGCUGCAAAAAAGAGUUUACAGACUUGAUGACUGAAAUGAUGGACAUGUCAAGUGAUCUGGUGGGAUCUGGAAUUCCGUUUCUGGAUUACAAGAAGUAUGCUGAGCGGAUCUUUUUCCCGGGUCAUCGGGAGUCACCGCUACGCAGAGACCUGGAUGUGCAGGAGUGCAGACGGGCCACAGUGGAGCAGGGUCUUGUCCAACUUUCCAACCUGCUCAACAGCAAACUUUUCCUCACCAAGUUUAUUUACACUCUAGAGAGCCAGAGAACGUUCUCUCCUAGAGACCGAGCCUAUGUGGCUUCUCUGCUUACUGUAGCCCUCCAUGGCAAGCUGGAGUACUUCACUGACAUUCUAAAGACGCUCCUCAAUGACCUGGUGGAGCAGUACGUCGCCAAGAACCCGAAACUCAUGCUGCGAAGAACUGAGACUGUUGUGGAAAAGCUCCUGACUAACUGGAUGUCUAUAUGCCUUUAUUCAUUCCUGAGGGACUCAGCAGGGGAGUGUUUGUAUAUGCUCUUUAGAGCCAUAAAGCACCAGGUGGAUAAAGGGCCUGUGGAUGUAGUGACUGGCAAAGCCAAAUACACCCUUAACGACAGCCGACUGCUCAGAGAGGACCUGGAGUAUCACACACUGAAUCUGAACGUGCUGAUGCAGGGAAUAGGAAUGAAUGAGACGCAGCCAGUAGCAGCCAAAGUACUAGAUUGUGACACUAUAACCCAAGUCAAAGAAAAGAUCCUAGAUCAGGUCUAUAAGGGAACCUCAUUCUCCAAUAGACCGCACACAGACUCACUGGACCUGGAAUGGCGUUCAGGUGUUGCAGGUCACCUCAUCCUCUCUGAUGAAGAUCUAACAUCUGUGGUGCAGGGCAACUGGAAACGCCUCAAUACACUUCAGCAUUACAAGGUUCCUGAUGGAGCUACAGUUGCGCUUGUGCCACGGCAUAGCAAACUUGUCCACCAUGACAACCACGAUUAUGUGGCAGGAGAGAAGACGCCCAUGCUGGAGGAUGCGGAUGAGGGUGGAAUCAGACUGUGGCAUCUUGUAAAGGCCAGUGAAGAACCUGACCUGCCCAAACACAGAAGAGGCAGUUUAAGAGAAAGAGAAAGGGCCAAGGCCAUACCGGAGAUCUACCUCACACGCCUGCUCUCCAUGAAGGGAACUUUGCAGAAGUUUGUUGACGAUCUGUUCACCGUGAUACUAAGCACGAGUCGGCCCGUUCCUCUCGCUGUGAAAUAUUUCUUUGACCUGCUGGAUGAUCAGGCAACUCAUCACGGCAUCUCGGAUCCAGAAACAAUCCAUAUUUGGAAAACCAACAGUCUUCCUCUGCGCUUCUGGAUCAACAUAGUGAAGAACCCUCAGUUCAUUUUUGAUGUGCAGGCUUCUGACCACGUGGAUGCUGUGCUGUCUGUCAUCGCUCAAACCUUCAUGGAUUCCUGCACCAUUGCUGAGCACAAACUGGGCAGGGACUCCCCCAUCAACAAGCUGCUAUACGCCAGAGACAUUCCUCGUUAUAAGCAGAUGGUUGAGAGGUACUAUGCUGACAUCAGACAAACCAUCCCGGCAAGUGAUCAGGAGAUGAACUCUGCCUUAGCCGAGCUCUCCAGGAAUUACUCAGGAGAGCUGAAUUACCUAGUGGCCCUGCAUGAGCUCUACAAGUAUAUCAACAAAUAUUAUGACCAGAUCAUCACUGCCUUAGAAGAGGACACCACCGCGCAGAAGAUGCAGCUUGGUUACCGUCUCCAACAGAUCGCAGCAGCGGUGGAAAACAAAGUGACAGACUUGUAAAUAAGAGAUCAUGAUGAGAUGAUUGACAGAAUGGCAAACGAAUAAGCAGAUGGUGAAAAACAUGGGUUGCACUGAAGAAUGGACCUACUGUAUGUAGUUACUGCAGAAAGUUGUGUAGUAGCAGCAAAUGAGUACCACAGCACUGUGGGCGUUGACUUAAAUGACAGAGUAAACACACUGCCGCUUCACUGAGGUAAAGAGGACUCGGUUUGUGAUUACGCAGUUUCUGUCAUUGUUUGAAAUUAGUAAACUGGAGACUCUUCAUCCUCGGAAUGACGGAACAGAUGUAGGAGUUUUGUUCAGGAGAAAACAGGGAGGCGAUGUGCUGGUGUGGUGAGAUGCGAGUGAGGUCACUGCCAGAGAGGCAGCCAUGUUGUCUGACUCUUCCACUACUCUGACAGGUGAAUACUACAAGAGCAACUGUGGUCUCACCGGUUCCAUCCAAGUACACCAAUCAAACUCAGCGCUGACUUACAAUGGGCUAUAAUUAAUGAUGUUUUGCUCCACAUGGACAGACAUUUACUAAGGUGGAAUAUAUCGCCUGUCAAAGUAGAGACAAGUAAGGUUUUUGAAAGCAUAAAAAUGACGUGUACUGGUCAAAAACAAAAUCUGUGCCUCACAAAGCAUUUGCUUCUUCCUGCCAUUCUCUACCUCCUUGUACAAUUCUCUCUCCGAUUUCUCUCUACAUAACUCUUUCUGUGUGUUUUGCCAAUAUGCAGAUUGUACACCACCGUGUAGGUGUUACUGUGUGGACUAAUAUAAUGAAGUGACUGGCUUUGUCUGUUAGCGUUUCUCCUGCAUAUUGUCACUGGCAGGGGAGCAUAAGUGAGAACGUUCACUGUGUAAAACAUCGGUGUGGAACGUUGUCAUUUUAGAUUAUUAUUUAUUUAAUAUCGGCACACUUAACAUGCGUUUUCAGUUUCUUCUACAACUGUCUGUGUCAUCCGUCCAAGUCAUUAAACAGAGCUCUGAUACUGAAAGGAAAAAUGCAGGCAAAGACUGUCAGUCAUCUCUAAUCUAGCACUAGAUUGCAUUUCAACAUUUUCUCUCUUGUAUUAAUGUAUUUUCUGUGUGCGGCACUACAUUUUAUUUCAUGUGUUUUUUUUGUUUUUUUUUUUUUUAACUGUAUGAGAAUCACUGGAAGGGCAGUACGCAGGAAUACGUCUCUGUAAAUCUCUGAGUUGUCAUGACUGAAGUGUCGUUGGUUCUGCUCUAACAUUCCUUUUAUGUGGUAUAAGAGAAAUUGCUCUCUAAAUCAUUAGCCUUUUAAAAGUAUUUUACAUAUGUGUGUAUGUGGGUGGGAGACAUGUUCAGUUCAUUCUACAGUAUAAGGUCAAUAUGUAUUUUGUUUUUCUACACUGCUUUACAUAAACACUCGAUAGAACAUGUUCAGUUUAUAGAGACUGCUUUCUGUUAACCUCCAGCUUAUCAUUUUCAACAAGUGGAUUAAUGACUAGCCAUUGUAAUGUUAGUUUUUUUUUUUUUUUUUAACCAAAGUAAUUAUCAUCCAUUCUAAAAAAGACGCAUAGAAAGAGAAAGAAAACGUCAACUUAAAAAGAGGCAAAUAUUGGAAGAUGGGUUGAUGGUUCGAUGGUACAUUAAGUGUAAGACACAUGCACCACACAUGUAAUUAAUAGUGUGAACAGAUAUAAUUGUACAAGAUAAAAUAUGUGCAGAGGUUUCAGAAGGAGUAUAAAGCUAUAACUAUUGUUAGGUUCUUUAAAUUAUGUGUAGACUAGAGCAGGCUCUUUAAGGUUUAAAAGUUGUUGUUAAUAUCAUCAUAAAUAAUGAUUGUCCUUCAGCUGUAGCGUCUUACCAACAGUAUGUGAAAAUUUUUACAAAUUAUAUGGAGAUUUAAUAAAAAUAUUCUAAAUGAA